AUGUACCCACGCCAGGACGAUGUGAGUCUUUUGCAACGUUACAUCAACGAUAACAAGCUGGAGGAGAAGGGUGUUCCACUAACCGAGCUGCGGCGACUAGAGGGUACGGGCCAGGUGAUGCUGGGUGUUGAUGGCACGAAAAUCAUUGACCUCAUCACCCAAGCCGUGAGGGAGAAGGAAAAGAUGGCCAUCUACACCUAUACAACCCCGUUUACGGUAUAUGAUAAAAUCACGGAUGUCUGCAAGACACUCCGGUCUCUUAAAAAUUGCACUCCUGUGUUGGUGUUCAAUGGCAUUCCGUUUUAUCCGGACCCAUCUGAUGAUAAUUGUCGCGAAAAAAAUAUGGUGCCUCCUGAUGUAGCCGCCCUUAACGGUACUGACAGUUCCAGACUCUGUAAUAUGCACUCGAUGCGAGCGGUGGACAUACAAAAGAAGUCAUCGUCGCGUUUCUUUGUAGAGGAGGAUGUAGAAAAUCAAAUUGUGAAGCUUUUUCGAUCUGAAUUUAAGGACACCAUGCGAGCGCCCUACCUUGCUUGGGCUCAGUUGUCUGCCUUUUGUCACCCUAAAAACCGCCAUAUAUCGGAGGUGUACGGUUGUCUGGAACUUCUUGCUUUUCCAGGAAUUGAUCGGGUCAUCACAAACAUAAAUGUGAUGAAGGGGACUGUCGAUAUGGUACGUAAAUCCCGUCUCUUAGAGUUGCUGCGGAUAAGUGAGGAUGAUUUGGGAAGCCUGAUUGUGGUUGACAGCCGAAACAGAGUAAUGAGGACCGUUGGACCGAAGUUUUCCAGCUUUGAUGAUAUGUGCAAAAAAAUUACACGUGUCAAUGAUUUGUCUCUCGGUGCUUCUUAUGUGCAUCAGCUCCAUCAAGAGGCUAUGCAUCUCUCUGAACAAGCUCGCAACCGCACUUUAAAUCUGAAGAGCGCCGUACUUCGUAACCUCGCUGCUUUGGGGUGCCCAGUACUAACCCUGGUUCCCCCUUACUGUACUUUGUUAACUCGGCUAUAUGAAUCGCGUCGGCAACUACCGAUUGAUCCCAAGAUGGUCAUGGGGUGUCCUCUUCCACCUGUUAUGUACUACAUGUUUACAGCUGGUCUUUUGUCACCCAGCCUUUUCGGUGCAUUGUGUCAGGGGAGUUUGGUGGAUGACUGGCCACUUGUGGAUUCUAUCAAGUACCGUGAUGUGGCUGAAACCGUUUUACCACUUCGAGUUCAAACACUCCAUCAACUCGCUGCAUCUCUGCGUAUGUCUGAUUUUGGGAUGACAUGGUUUCGCCGCUACAACGCCUUUCUCUCUCGUGUGAGUAAAGUCCACGCCCCUCCGGAGAUUGGGCUUGAUUCUUGGAAUUUAGCAGGUGAGACCAUUUCUGAAAAUCUUUUUCUGGUGGAUGUUAUGGAAUUUUCGCACUUGGCAGUUUCAUCUCGGCAUAUUAUUUACGAAACGGCGGAGGAGACCUGUGCAGCCGUUCUGCUUCAAUCCCUAGACCUUCUUGGCUACCUAACUCAUGAGACCCGUGACGACGGCGAGGAUGUUCAAGUGAGUGAGCCAUCUCCUUUUGGUCGGGCUCUAAAGUUAUGCGGCGUACCAACACUCAGCGAGUAUGUUGUUCUUCUUAUCGAGCUUUCUCGCACGGGCGCGAUCACAACGGAACAGUUCCGAAUGACCUCGGAGGAAAUAAUACCACGGGAUAUUCCUCCCGAGAUUGUUCUCGCUAGUCGCAUUCUAUCCAUCAUUCCACUAAAUGUCUCAUCUUCCUGGAGUGGCCCAAUUGAUCCUGAACUAGCCGCAUUCAGCAUGAUUUCACGCAUGAUAUCUCGAUCGAUUCGUCAUCUUCUGGAAGCGAUGCUGGCGAUAAUCUUUUAUCAGGGAAGGACUUUAGUGCCACUGCAUAGAAUAUGUGCUAUUCAACAAGCCUUACCCUUUUCCACGCCUGUAGAAUUUGGCGGUGGCGUGCUGAUUGAGUAUGUCCUGAUGAAGGAGAAGUGUACGCUGAGCGAUAUUGAAGCGGCCUUCCCGGAGUGCAACUAUCUACGGCACGAUCUUGCCACAUUGUUUUACUUCUGGGAGCUCGCGGUGUGCGUUCUGAACUCAAUCGCAUGCAAAGACGUUCCGCUUGAUGUGGGUUGCCUACACAAGGCCAACGAGCGGAUGAAGGAGUUGCAGAGGAAUCUUGAUAUUAACACGGGUGUAAGGGAAACCUACUACUGA